ACGGGAAUCGUUUAUUGGAAAAUAUUGCGUUAUUGACAAAAGAGGCGAAUAUUCCUUUGGAUUUUUAAUCAUAUUGAGGGAUAAAAUAGUGAAAAUGUUAAGCAAGUCGAGGCGUGGCAUUGGUGCGGCUUCACAAAGAACCUCAACUGGUUCUAAUCGCCGCUUCGUUGCGUUGGUUAUUUUCUAUUGCAUUUAUUUCAUCUUCAUACGAUUAGGUGUUACACAAGCUGAGGAAGCCCUCAUUUCGGCUGAUAACGAUAUAUCUCACAUCGGGGACGAUUGUCAAGUAACACCCGUUAUACAUGUGCUUCAAUAUCCUGGCUGUGUACCGAAACCAAUACCAUCGUUUGCCUGUGUCGGUCGCUGCGCUAGUUACAUACAAGUCUCCGGUAGUAAAAUCUGGCAAAUGGAGCGUUCCUGUAUGUGUUGUCAGGAGUCUGGUGAACGUGAAGCUGCAGUCUCGCUAUUCUGUCCCAAAGCCAAACAUGGCGAACGCAAAUUCAAAAAAGUGCUCACGAAAGCGCCACUAGAGUGUAUGUGUCGUCCAUGUACCUCCAUUGAGGAGUCUGGUAUUGUGCCGCAGGAAAUCGCCGGGUACUCUGAUGAGGGUCCUUUGAAUAAUCACUUCCGUCGCAUAGCUUUGCAGUAGGUCAAAUAAAUGAUAAUAUGCCCGUUUUAUAACACAUAUGCAUAUGUUUUCAGUUUAGCAAAAAUUGGAAAUGAAAAUUAUAAUUCAAAUAUAAAUAAA